AUAUUCAUCUCGGCGCAGUCGGAUUACCUGUACCUGGAUGACCAGUCAGGAGACUCCGUAGAUGACGACGGUUACAACUCUGGAUCAGGGUCCGGUGAUAUGAGUAAGCAAUGGUUACAUUCUUAUAAAAUAUUUCACCGUUACUUCCUAAUGUAAUUAACAUAGCAACCUGAUAAUGCCAUUUAAGAGUUAUAGCUGUAUGUAAAGCUCUAAUUGUACUGGCUCUACGAAGGUCAUAGACGGUGCACAGGAACCUUUGACUUUGGUUAGACUACUAGGGCACACUGGUACCGCAGGAUCACAAUGGACCUACGGAGGCGGUGAAAGCACAGAUGUUUCACAUGCGGCCAAGUGCAGUCAUAUGUCAUAUAGAGAGACGCCUUCUAUAAUGAAUGAGUCAUUAUUUCAUAUACCCUAACCUGAACAGUGAUACUGUACCGUAGACUGUAUAAUGUACUGUACGAUAACACUCAAACAGAUCUGGCUUCCAGUCUAUUUCUGGGUCUGUAUGGCAGGGGUUGCGUGAUUAUUGGUAAACUCUUUAUGAAUGAAAAGUGCCUCUAUCAUUAGUAUUGAAUCCAUUAGCACUGGCAUUAUUGUGAAUUGUUGUUAGUUUAUCAUGUUACCCCUGCCUGCAAACCAAAUUUCCUUCUGGAGUCGAUACAUUUGGAUUAUUUUCCUCCUCAGCUAUCGUUGAGGUCACUGAGCCAGUGGUCAAAGUGAAAACGGUGUUCGCUGCUCCUGAAGCAGAGCCAACCCAGGACUCUCUACCAGACCCUUCAACCACCGUGGAGGAGAUGUUUACAUUCACUGACCAGAGCACAGAAAUAGCUGAGACAGAGACAGAGGUAUGCCUCUCUUUAUAACUGACUUUAGUGUGGUGGUUUCAUUUUACCUCAUCCUUACCUCGCACCCCUGACAUGGCAAGGACUUAAUAGUAUCCCUGUGAUUUUAUAGUUGUUGUGAAAAUUCUAAAUCUGUCUCUCUCUCUCUCCCUCUGUCUGUGUGUGUCAGACCCAGGUCCCUGAACAGUCUCUGGACGUGACAGAGGAGACUGUUAUCAGCAGUGAAGCUCCUCCCAGCACCACCAGUGCUUCCAGGUUGCUGUAUGAGGCAGACACACCUUACGAUGUGCAAUCCGAAAACCUUUUCCAGAGGACGGAGGUGCUAGCAGGUAUGUUUUAUUUUUUUUAUCCUUUAUUUAUUCAGGAGAUCGUGUUGACAUUAGCAUAUCUCUUUUUCAAAUGAGACCUGAGCAUAAUGAAAGCAAUAAAAUAUCAUGAGACAACAUGUAUAAGUUAAACAUCACACAAAAAAGCGAUCCACAAUACGAUAAUGAUUAAUCAAAACAGUAAUCUGUAAUCUCAGUUCCAAUUGAAGAGGUCAUUUUUCAAUACAGCCCACUAUCAGAGAUUGGAUCUGAAACAUGGCCUCUGUUUGAAAUAUGGGUAACUCUAGACUUUGCUUUCAGAAUUAAUAAAAACAGACUCAUAGCCUUGGAGUUUGAUAGCAGAGGGAAGGAGACUGAGUCAAUCAACCAACAACACUUUGGGAUUGUUUUACAAUGAAAAGCACGUUAUGAAUUAAAUGUAUAAUUGUGACUCCUCCUGAGUCGGCUCCGUCUCAUAUUUGAUUAGUCCAUUGAUCUUAGCUGCAGUCUACUGCAUCAAGCUAUCAGGGUGCCGUUUCCCAUUAAUUUCUCAACGUGAGUUGUUGCCAAACAUUUGAUACAAAAGGCACAAAGCAAUCAUAGUUCCCUCUUAAUUAUUCAUAAAAGUUAACAGAAGGCAAUGGGGUUACAUUUACUUUACAUUUUAGUCAUUUAGCAGACGCUCUUAUCCAGCGUGACUUACAAUUAGUGCAUUCAUCUUAAUAUAGCUAGGUGAGAAAACACAUCACAAACGUAUCUUUAAUGGGGUUGGGGUAAUUACCUUGCCCCACACACAAUCUUUUAAAGGUGUAUCAUAUCUGACAUUUAGACUGUUAUUAACACUUUACUUUCUAGCAAGGUUCCACUGUUGUGUUGUCAACGCCAAUCACUUGUAUUGCUAAUGUAUUGAAUUAUUGUGAUUGAUAAGCAUCUUCUGACGUGGUUCUUCUCCCCCCCCCUCCACGGGUCCAGCGGUGAUAGCCGGCGGGGUUAUAGGUUUGCUGUUCGCCGUCUUCCUCAUCCUCCUCCUGGUCUACAGAAUGAGGAAGAAGGACGAGGGGAGCUACGUCCUCGGAGAACGCAAGGCCCCUAGCUCAGCCUAUCAGAAAGCCCCCACCAAGGAGUUCUAUGCCUGAAGCACAACCACCCUGUCACUAUGAAGAGAAACCGAACAACAGAAAGACUGUGUCCCAAAUGGCACCCUAUUCACUCUAUAGUGUACUUACUACUUUUGACCAGGAUCUGUGCACCAUAUAGGGAAUAGGGUGCCAUUUGGGACACAUUGAAAACAUUUACAUUUUAGUCAUUUAGCAGAUGGUCUUAUCCAGAGCGACUUACAGUUAGUGAGUGCAUACAUUUUCAUACUGGCCCCCGUGGGAAACGAACCCACAACCCUGGCGUUGCAAGCGCCAUGCUCUACCAACUGAGUUACAGGGGACUAUACGUACAGCAGGGUCCUCCUCGCAUGCUGUUGGUUGAAAUGAUAUUGAAUGAGGAAGUGUUUCAAGGAGCUUUUUCAUUAAGCAAAUAUAUAUAUAUAAUACUUUUUUUUCCCUAAAUGAUGCCAAACAGGGCUAUUGUAAACAUUUCAUGUUUUGGAUCAUUAGAACUGUUGGAGAAUUUAUUUGUAAUGUGAGAACGUGAAAUAUAUUCAUAUGAUUGUCAUGGACUACUUUCUACCUGUAGCGGUACAUAUUUGUAAGGAAGGAAAAACAACUUUUUUAAAGGUCACUGAAAUAAAAAUACAGAGACAACAGAAUAUAAUUCUCCUAUCUAUUCUAUUUUUGAUUAAUUUUCAUAGCAUGUCAAGUGUUUUUUCAUUAACUUAUGUUUUUCAUGUUGAGGUUAUGUAAUGUUUCUAGUCUCAUAAAGCAAUCUGGUUUAAUUUAAAAAAUGUUAUUUUUCUUGUCAUUGUGUGAAAUGAAUUACAGGAUUCCAAAACUACCCAAUGUCAUCUGGCCCAAGCAAAGCACAUUCCUUUCUAGUAAAAAAUUACUGAUAUAAAGCAUUGUUUCCCAACUCCAGUCAAGUACGCCCAACAGUACACACUUUUGUUGUCGCCCCUGACAAACUUGCCUGAUUCAACUUAUUGAGGGCCUGAUGAUUAGUUGACAAGUUCAAUCAGGUGAGUUUGUCCGGGGCUACAACAAAAAUGUGUGCUGUUGGAGGUACUUGAGUUGGGAAACACUGAUUUUGAAAUGGUACUCUUUGGGGCAGGGGUGUCAAACUCAAUCAUGGAGGGCCUAGUGUCUGGGUUUUGGUUUUUUUCCUUUCAAUUAAGACCUAGACAACCAGGUGAGGGGAGUUCUUUACUAAUUAGUGAACUUAAUUAAUCAAGUACAAGGGAGGAGCGAAAACCCGCAGACACUCGGCGCUCCGUGGAAUGAGUUUGACACGUGCUUUGAGGAGUGGAUUAUAUCACAGGAGGUUGGUCGCACCUUAAUUGGGAUAAUGACAGGAGUUGAAUCAGUGGAGCGGUAUCAAACGCAUGGUUUCCAGGUGUUUGAUGCCAUUCCAUUUGCUCCGUUCCGGCCAUUAUUAUGAGCCGUUCUCCCCUCAGCGGCCUCCACUGCUAUAUGUACUCUGUGUUCCAGUUUUUGUUACCCAAAAUAUAGAGGAACCUUUUCAGUAGAUUUCACUACUAGGUCGCUGAAUUUUCUCCUCAGAUCACAAUGGUAUGUUAGACUUGGGUGUUUAUAAACAAACCUGCAACUAUUCUGACCAAUUUAUGAUAUAAAAGCUGAUUUUCGUUUAUAUAAUCUGCAGCUUUUAAAUUAUGACUUGCUAGAUAUGGGGAACUAAUGCAAAUGAACAGUCACAUCUGCGCUCAACUCUUUUCAGUUGACUUUGUAAUGACUUGAGUAGUACAGUGAUUUACUAUAGCCACAGCUGGGACACCGGACGCAUCUGAUAUAUCUGUUUAAACUUAGAUUUUCAGUCAAUCAGAUUUGAAAGCCCAGGGUGCGUUCCCAAAUGGCACCUUAGUCCCUAUAUAGUGCAUUACUUUUGACCAGAGCCGUAAGAGCCCUGAUCAAAAGCAGUGCACUAAAUAGGGAAUAGGGUGUCAUUUGGGACGUAGUCCCAGUGAACAGGACAUGGUGUACCUUAUUACUUCUCUGUUCCCUCUCUAAGGAAUUAUGAAUGUCUACUAUAGAACAGAACGGUCCUCCUCCCUAAAAAAAGAACCUCUGAUCACUGGGUUGGUGUAUUUUUCUCAUGGUAUGUAAUGAAUAAAGGUACUAACUGUAAGACUUUCCUUGGACUUGGAACAGUAUUUUUGCCAUUAUGACAUGUAACACAGUCUCAUUUACUUUGUUACCUUUAGUCCUGACUAUUUUAAAGGUAGACUCAGCGAUAUGAUGCAGAUGCAUAAAGUAAAACCGCAUAGUGGGUCAAUUUCCGCAACAACUAGGAGCGUGGGCGCGCGAGGCUAAACUUCUCCGCUGUUUUUGGUCACCUGGCUACCACAUUGUAAGAGCGUGCGGUGACGCGAACCAAUGCACAUGCGCAAAUACUGUGUGCGUGACUGUGUGAGCAAAGUCUUGCAUCUUGCUCAUUGAAAUAUCUGCGGUGCUGCUCGUACAACAAUUUCGCUGACUCUACCUUUAAGGCAAUGGUGUAUCUGUAAUGUUAAUGUACUAUAAUUUAUACGUAUUAAUUGAUAUAGAAGACACUAGAAGUAAUAUGUUAGUUCAAGUAUCUUAAUGUAUAUUCACAGAUGUUUUAAGCCUUUUUGAAGUGCCUACCAUUCUGAAAGUGUUUUUUUACUGUUAGGGACAAAGGAUAUAUUUUCAGUGGCAUCAUGAAGUAGUAGUCACGAUCAUAAGCGCAGGAGACAGAUGGCAACUUAGUGUUACAAAAGCAGUGUUGUAUGUUAUCAUGGGAGACACUACUGAAUAAAAAAUUUGUCUUAAUAUGAAAUAGUGAUCACAUGUGGUUUCUUUUCUCUAGGUUGAUUGUAUUUCUGAUAAGACUCCAACAUAUUCUUUGGAAUGUUGACACACACUGUUUGUUACAAAGUAAAUGUAAGAAUAUAACUUGCAGCACAAAUACCAUAUCUGUGGUAUCUCAGAUUUCAAUGUGCAAGCUGAAAUAAAAUGUAAAAUAAAAAGUAGCUUUUGUUAGUUUGCGAUCUCUGAUCAAAACACAUACUAAACAAACAUGCUGCUGUGAGCCAAAUGGCUAGAGUAAAGCCAAAUGUCCGCAGUAAACAUCAAGAGUAGUAAUUAGUUAGAGCAGACUGCAUUAUUUUUUUAAAAUCAGAAUUUGGUAAAGAAACAAAAACAAAACGGGAUGUUUUGUCAAUGAAAGUGAAAACGCAUGACUGUCCCUACUGCGUUGCCGUAGUCAUUCAAAUAUCACGGAAGUAGUUUUGAAAUUGAAAAGAAAUAGCUAGUUGGCGAGAAGGAAUUAAAUAUAUGUUGUGAAUUAUUCCAUCUGUCAAGACGGUCAGCAAUUGACCAACUAUCUGCAGAGGAAGGUUUGUUCUUUGUUUUAACGUCCUAAUUUAAAAGUCCUUUCAUGUUUCGCUAGUUGGGAAUCACAACGACUGACAAUUAUAUUUCGCUAGAUAUAUGGAUGCUUGUGGCUUGCUUGCUUGUUGUCUAACUGCAUUUCACUGCUUCAAUUAGCAGACUAACUCUAUGACUUCUAUGGCCCGACUGGAGCUCCGACGUCACAUUUGUUUUAAUAAAAAACCCGAAUGAUUUCAGCACCCAAAGAAUAGCCUGCAAUUACACAGAGCAAUGUCUCUGAAAUAAGUAGUUUUUGAUAAAAAUGUAAAUUACGUCGGAGCUCAACUCCAUCGUAAAUCGUGGAGUUUAAUUUAAUCAGCUAUACCUCAAUAGGUUUCUGUUGCCGAUAAUGAAGUAAACACUGGCACGUGUAGCGUGCUGUCAUAUUUUAAGCAAGUUAGGGUCAUGUAGUGUAGUCUGACCAUUAGGGCAAAUAGCCUGUUCUCACGAGGAAAAUAUUUGUAAAUAACCUUAAUAUGUUCUUGUCUGCCUCCAGAUGCAGGACCGGCAUAUAAAACAAUGUGGCCUUUUCUCACUGACUCUUUUGGCCACAUUUCUCCAUUGUAGCUGUUUGCAACGCAGUACUGGUGGAAAGCCAUUUCCAGAGACCGCUAAAGAAAUUGCCAGCUAUGCAAAGGUAGCCCAGAGCAUCAUAGACUUGGCUGUGUAUGGCAAAGCCCAGAACCGCUCCUAUGAGAGACUGGCAGACUUCACAGAUACAAUAGGGAACCGUGUCAGUGGCUCUAAGAACCUGGACCUGGCUAUCAAGUAUAUGUUCAACGCCCUGAGGAAGGAUGGGCUGGAGAACGUACAUCUAGAACCAGUGAAGAUUCCACACUGGGUCAGGGGAGAGGAGAGAGCUGUGAUGCUGCAGCCCCGGAACCACACCAUGGCCAUCCUAGGACUGGGGAGCAGUGUGGCUACACCCAAAGGAGGUAGGCCUAUGGGCAAUUCCAUGGUAACGAAAUUACACUGAGACUCGAUUUUUCACAAAAAAAUGUAUACCAAACAAAAACCAUUGAUUUCAAAGUUUAACAAACUCUAUGCACAAGGACUACUUUAACAAUUUCCACAGAACAUUUAACAAAAAUACAUUUACAGGAAGAACUGUGCAGAUACAAAGUUUGGUAACAGAAUAAAACUGAGGAUGAUUUUACUGUAAUUCUGUUACCAAACUUUGCAUCUGCACAGUUUUUCCAGUAAUUUUUUGUUUUUUACAGUGUAAAUCGUUCAAAGUAGGCAUUGUGCAUAGAGUUGUAUAGUUUGUUAAACUUUGAAAUCAAUGUUUGUUGUUCUCAGCGUAAUUCAGUUACCAUGGAAUUGCCCGUAUGUUCUGUAGUGAUGAGUUGUAUCACUCAAGCCUAGGCAAUGCUAAUGGUAUUGCCACUAUUUGCUAGGCCCCAACUCAAGCCAAGGUGUAGAUAUUUAGAUUAGUCUUCGAUUGGUGCACUGAUGUAUGAUCAUGCAUGUCAUAUUUUUUUUGCUUUCGGUCUCCUCUUCGGUUCAGGCAUUGAAGCAGAGGUGCUGGUGGUGGAGUCUUUUGAAGAGCUGAAGAAAAGGCAGAAGGAAGCCAGUGGGAAGAUCGUGGUGUAUAACCAGCCCUUUGUCAGCUAUGAGGAGACUGUGCAGUACAGGGAGUCUGGGGCAUCCAAGGCAGCUAAAGUAGGAGCUGUGGCUACUCUCAUCCGGUCCGUCACACCCUUCUCCAUCAACAGGUACUGGAUGGGUCACAAUGAUCCAAUGUAUCCCUUCCUUUAUAAUGCCAAUUAGUUGAAUGCUUGGCUAUGGCUGGAACUGCAUGUUGCCAUCUCUCUUCCUGUCUAGUCUGACUGCAUGUUGCCGUCUCUCUUCCUGUCUAGUCUGACUGCAUGUUGCCGUCUCUCUUCCUGUCUAGUCUGACUGCAUGUUGCCAUCUCUCUUCCUGUCUAGCCUGACUGCAUGUUGCCAUCUCUCUUCCUGUCUAGUCUGACUGCAUGUUGCCAUCUCUCUUCCUGUCUAGUCUGACUGCAUGUUGCUAUCUCUCUUCCUGUCUAGUCUGACUGCAUGUUGCCGUCUUUCUUCCUGUCUAGUCUGACUGCAUGUUGCCAUCUCUCUUCCUGUCUAGUCUGACUGCAUGUUGCCGUCUCUCUUCCUGUCUAGUCUGACUGCAUGUUGCCAUCUCUCUUCCUGUCUAGUCUGACUGCAUGUUGCCAUCUCUCUUCCUGUCUAGUCUGACUGCAUGUUGCCAUCUCUCUUCCUGUCUAGUCUGACUGCAUGUUGCUAUCUCUCUUCCUGUCUAGUCUGACUGCAUGUUGCCGUCUUUCUUCCUGUCUAGUCUGACUGCAUGUUGCCAUCUCUCUUCCUGUCUAGUCUGACUGCAUGUUGCUAUCUCUCUUCCUGUCUAGUCUGACUGCAUGUUGCCGUCUUUCUUCCUGUCUAGUCUGACUGCAUGUUGCCGUCUCUCUUCCUGUCUAGUCUGACUGCAUGUUGCCGUCUCUCUUCCUGUCUAGUCUGACUGCAUGUUGCCGUCUCUCUUCCUGUCUAGUCUGACUGCAUGUUGCCGUCUCUCUUCCUGUCUAGUCUGACUGCAUGUUGCCGUCUCUCUUCCUGUCUAGUCUGACUGCAUGUUGCCGUCUCUCUUCCUGUCUAGUCUGACUGCAUGUUGCCAUCUCUCUUCCUGUCUAGUCUGACUGCAUGUUGCUAUCUCUCUUCCUGUCUAGUCUGACUGCAUGUUGCCGUCUUUCUUCCUGUCUAGUCUGACUGCAUGUUGCCAUCUCUCUUCCUGUCUAGUCUGACUGCAUGUUGCCAUCUCUCUUCCUGUCUAGUCUGACUGCAUGUUGCCGUCUCUCUUCCUGUCUGACUGCAUGUUGCCAUCUCUCUUCCUGUCUAGUCUGACUGCAUGUUGCCAUCUCUCUUCCUGUCUAGUCUGACUGCAUGUUGCCAUCUCUCUUCCUGUCUAGUCUGACUGCAUGUUGCCAUCUCUCUUCCUGUCUAGUCUGACUGCAUGUUGCCAUCUCUCUUCCUGUCUAGUCUGACUGCAUGUUGCCGUCUCUCUUCCUGUCUAGUCUGACUGCAUGUUGCCGUCUAUCUUCCUGUCUAGUCUGACUGCAUGUUGCCGUCUCUCUUCCUGUCUAGUCUGACUGCAUGUUGCCAUCUCUCUUCCUGUCUAGUCUGACUGCAUGUUGCCGUCUCUCUUCCUGUCUAGUCUGACUGCAUGUUGCCGUCUCUCUUCCUGUCUAGUCUGACUGCAUGUCAUUUUCCCCUCACAUUUCUAGCUAUUGAUAUAUUCCAUAUAGUGUUGUAUUCCUCUAGUACACCUUUUUAUAUUGUUUUAUAUUGACUUUUUGAAAGUGUGUUAUCGUAAGUCAUAUUUAUGGGAAUCCGAAAGUAGUACCGUGCCCUAUUUCUGCUGAUAAUUUCUAACAUGGGUCUCUCUGUGUUGCAGUCCUCACACAGGCUGGCAGGACUACGAGGAGGGAGUGCAGAAGAUCCCUACCGCCUGUAUCACAGUGGAAGACGCCAUGAUGAUGGCCAGGAUGGCUAAGCGAGGACAGAGGAUCGUGGUCCGACUCACCAUGAACGCCCAGACCUUCCCUGACGCUGACUCCUUCAACACUGUGUCUGAGAUCAUUGGCAGCGAGCACCCAGAACAG